AGGGCUACUAGUUAGCCCAUAGUUAACCGAUAAUGAGCUGUGUUUGGUGAAGUGUUCACAGCUCAUCAUCGGUUCAGAUCUGAUUCAACUCUAUUGUUCCGAUCACACGACUCACAUUCAGCGGGAUUCCCAAGUUUCUCAGCGCGGAUCUUUAACAGAAAGUGUCCGGAUUCAGUGACUCAAACAGCGGGAUGAUGUGUGGACGCGACGCGGCGAUUAGCGGCUCUCUGCUCGGCCUCCUCCUGCUGCUGCUGACCGCUAAACUCAGCGACUCGCAGUCAUUUCUUUCACAGAAUCGAGCUCAUGAGUUUCUGAUGCGACACAGACGAGCAAACGCAAUGUUUGAAGAGCAUAGGAAAGGUAAUUUAGAGCGCGAGUGUAUCGAGGAGAUGUGCAAUAAAGAAGAAGCUCGAGAAAUCUUUGAGAACAAUCCAGAAACUGAAUAUUUCUAUCCCAGGUACAUCGUUUGUUUGGGGUCUCAUCGGGUGGGCAUCAAAAAUCCAAACUCAGGGCCGGGAAUCCCUCAGAACCUCCGAACGUGCGUUCAAGAGAUCAGUAAUCAGUGUCUACCUCUGCCGUGUAACGCGGACGGUUCUGAGCGCUGUGUGGACGGUCACGGUUCUUACACAUGUGUGUGUAAACCGGGUUGGACGGGUCAGGAAUGUGAGGAAGAUAUUAAUGAAUGUGAAGACCCAAAUGUGAUUUGCAGUCAAACGUGUCACAAUUUCCCAGGCAGUUUUAAGUGCAGUUGUGAGCGAGGUUUCUAUACACACGAUGACAUUCACUGCUUCGACAUUAAUGAAUGUAUCCUGUAUCCCAGUAAAUGUGCUGAACCGGCCAAAUGCAUCAACAUGCCAGGAACAUUUGAGUGUCGCUGCCCAACAGGAUACAAAUAUAACACAACAUCACAACAAUGUGUCGAUGUAAAUGAAUGUGAGCAGGACGUGUGUGAUGGUGAAUGUUUAAAUACAGUCGGGAGUUUCCGGUGUUACUGUGAUGGCCGGAGUGGUUUGAGGUUAUCAGAGGACGGCCGUGUUUGUGAGAAGAUCCCACAGUGUUUGGAUCUGUAUGAUUAUAAACAUGAGGAGAUGCUUUAUCUGGGAGAACAGUUCUCUGGUUUAUCGGUCCUAUAUCUGCGCUUCCUUCUGCCGCCGGACACCAGGUUUGCAGCUGAAUUUGAUUUCCGUACCUUUGAUCCAGAAGGUGUGAUACUGUACGCCGAAUCUCGAGCGGACUCGUGGUUUAUGUUGGGUUUACGGGGCGGCCGCAUCGAGGUCCAGUUUAAAAAUGAUUGGUCGUAUAAAGUGACGAGCGGAGGGAAAGCCAUAAAUGACGGUCAAUGGCACGUGAUCUCAGUAGAGGAGCUGUCAGGUAGCAUCAGUGUAAAGAUCAGUAAAGAAGCCAUCAUGAGUAUUAACAGUCCUGAGCGUCUCUUUACGCCUCUCAAUAAUAAACUGGAUGCUAAAUUUUACAUCGCUGGACUGCCCAAUCCCACCCAGACUCUCAUCAAACCCAUUAAUCCGAGGUUGGACGGUUGUAUUCGAGGUUGGAAUCUGAUGAAUCAGGGUGCGUCUGGAGUAAAGGAGGUGAUUCAGGACAAAGUGAGCAAACAUUGUUACGUCUCUGUGGAGAAAGGUUCAUUCUUCACAGGUGGAGGUUUAGCUCAAUUCAACAUUGACUACAGCCGAUCAGGCAGCUGGUUAGUGGACGUUACGAUGACUAUUCGGCCUUCAAGCAGUACCGGUGUAUUAUUUGCCCUGGUUAGCAAUGACAGUGUCCCUCUAUCUGUUGCCGUGGUAACACGAGGACCGGAGGAUGCGGAUCUCCAGGUGUUUCUGGAUGGCGUCUCUGUUGCUGUUCUUCAGUCCCUCAUGUUGUGUUAUCCAGAGCGGCUGCUGAUAGAAAUGAAAGUCUCACCAGAUCAGAUUCAGCUCACAGCAAACUCCUCCACAGUGAUCUACACUGACUCUGAGACUCUGAAUGUGACCUUAUCCAAACUCAACAACACUCUUCAGAGCCACGUUCACACUUAUAUAGGAGGACUUCCAGAUCUUCCUCUGUCUAACACUCCCAUCUCAGCGUAUUAUCACGGCUGUCUGGAGAUCAGUGUCAAUGGACUCAAGCUGGAUUUUGAUGAAGCUGUCAGUAAAGAUAACAGCAUCAAAUCUCAUUCCUGUCCUCCUGUAUCCUCUCCUGACCCUCCAGCUGUCCAACCGCAGCCACACUUGUCUCUGUCACCGGAGGAGGCAAACGAGUUUCUCCGCAGACACCGGAGGGCUAACCACAUGUUUGAGGAGACGAAAAAGGGUCAUCUGGAGCGGGAGUGUGUGGAAGAAAGAUGCUCGAAAGAGGAGGCGAGGGAGGUGUUUGAGAAUGACCCUGAGACGGAAUUUUUCUACCCAAAGUAUCAGGAUUGUUUGGAGAAGUUUGGAGGCUCAGAAAAGAAGAAACAAGAUCUGAUAACUUGCGUCCACAAUAUCCCGGAUCAGUGCUCGUCCAGUCCGUGUAAUCCUCAGGGUUCAUUUCGCUGUGAGGAUGGGAAAGGAGAUUUUCAGUGUCAUUGUUUCACAGGAUGGGAAGGUGUCAGGUGUGAGGAAGAUGUGAACGAGUGCAGCAGAAGUAACGGUGGUUGUGAGCAUGAAUGUAACAACACCAGAGGAAGUUACCACUGCUGGUGUCGUCAUGGUUACAGACUCUCGGGUCACCACGCCUGUGUGGAUGUAGAUGAGUGUGUGGAAACACCUGAUGUUUGUGGAACGGCUCGCUGUGGGAAUCUGAUAGGAAGUCAUGAAUGUUUAUGUGAGGAGGGAUUCGUCUAUGACAAUCUGACCAAGAGCUGUACAGAUGUAGAUGAGUGUGAGUCUGGUGUGUGUGAGGAGGAGUGUGUCAACACGCCUGGAAGUUUCCGUUGUUACUGUGAUGGACGACAGGGCAAGAGACUGACUCUGGAUCAGAGGAAUUGUGAGAUUAUUGAGUCUCAUCUUCCUGUGAGUGUGAAGAGAAACUCUCGCUCGCUGUAUCUGGGCCGUAUGUUCAGCGGGAUUCCUGUGGUCAGACUGCGUUUUCGUCGCCGUGUUCAGACCGGAUUCACAGCUGAAUUUGAUCUCAGGACCUUUGAUUCAGAAGGUGUGAUCUUCUUCGCUGGUGGUCAUCUCGAGAGCUCCUGGAUUGUUCUGUUGAUUCAUCAUGGAAAACUGGAGCUGCAGUUAAAGUACGGAUCUGUCAGUCGAAUGACCAGCAGCGGACCGCCGGUCAAUGAUGGACAGUGGCAUAAGAUCUCAGUAGAGGAGCAGGGGCGGAGUCUCAUCAUUAAGAUUGACAGGGAGGCGGUGAUGAAGAUCGCAGUCAAUGGAGAUCUGUUCACACUGAAUAAAGGCAUGCAUGAGCUCAACCUGACAGUGGGCGGAGUUCCGUUUAAAGAGGAGGGGCUUGUUAGUAAGGUGAAUCCUCGGUUAGAUGCGUGUAUGAAGGACUGGCGCUGGUUAACAGGUGAAGACACAUCCAUUCAGGAGACCAUCCGACACAAUGAACGCAUGCAGUGUUACGCUAUAGAAGAUCACAGCACCUUCUACACCGGACACGGAUUUGCCUUCUUCAAUCACAGCCACGGAGACAAUCAGACCCUCAGGAUUCAUCUGAGCGUGCGUCCUGUAUCCAGUAUGGGUGUUUUAUUGGCUCUGAUUCAUCACGACAGAGUCCCGUUCUCCAUCUCGCUCUCAGAUUAUCAUCCUAACACAUUGGAGUGGACACCGCACGUGUUGGUGUCAUUCGGUGAUGUGGUGGUGGCCAGCGCUUCAGUCUCUCUCAGUGAUUCAGAGACACAUACGGUCAACGUGAGCGUAUCAGGAAACAGCACAAUACUGGAGGUGGACGGACAGCCGGGUCAAAGCGAGUCUGUGGAGAAUCUGGAAGCUCUCGAUCUGACGUCAUACAGCACAUUUAUUGGAGGACUACCAGAUGUUUCUCUGGUGUCCACGCCCGUCUCUGCGUUCUUCAGCGGCUGUAUGGAUGUGAGGGUUAACGGUCGUCUGUUGGACGUGGAUGAAGCUCAACACAAGCACAAUGACAUUCGAUCUCACUCCUGUCCCAUAGUGAGCGGUCAACAAUAAGAGUUCAAACCCACUGCCGCCCGUCUCUAACAUUUACUUCAAUAAUCAAGAGAUGUUUCAUUCAGGUCCAGUAAACGCACCAUAAGCCCAGAUCCUGUAUGAAGUUCAGCACACACACACUGUAGAUGUCUUUAUUAUUCACAUGCUUACAUUAAGACACAACACAAGCUACUGAGAUUAAGAGCGCUGUAAUAUAUAAAUACUGUAUGUGUAAAUAUGUGACUGUAAAAUGCAACGACCUUCAUAUCUCUAAAGGCCUUCAGACAGCCAAUGUAGGUGCUCAACAUCAUAUCAAUAUCAUCGUCUUCACUAGUUGACUUUAGUUUAGUCUCUUGUUUGUGUUUUUAAUCAUUGUACACUGAAUGGUUUUGUAUUUGGUUUAUGUUUGUUCUCAGUUCAAAUAAAUCCAGAACUUAUCAAA